AAUUUAUUUUCAACGAUGUUAUUUUAAUUUUUCUAAUUGACUUCUCAACCUAAAUUACACUAGUUAGAAUUCAUAUUUACUAAUUUGUUAUAAUCACUCUUCAUCGAAGACAAAAUAAAAAAAAACCAAAACAUAGUUCUUUGGCCCUAUCCUGUUUUCAUGCCUGCCAAGGGCCAAAAUUUUGAUUUACAACACCCCUCUCUAUGUAAUAUAUAAAAAUAUUUCAACCUUCAUUAUCUUAGCUCAUAUAAACUGGCAAAUCACAGCUAUUAUAGAUUGAUAAACCUUAGGAUACUCCGUACUCGUUGAUACAAUGCGGAAACUUUAGCCGAAAUUUUCCCGAUCACCUUUUCCUUCACUACUUAAUAUUUUAAAUUAGUCCUAAUAAUAGAUUUCGAUCCUGCGGAGAUCUUCCACGAUAGCGGACGCUCCAUAUUUUUUUUCUAUUUUUAUGUUUUUUUGAAAAGAAAAGCGGGAAGAUGACAACAGAGUUCGGUCCCACCGCGAUAAUAAAUCUCACGUUUUGGGGAGCCGUUGUUCUUCGAGAGUCCGGCGACUAUCGGUAGGCUCUCCCGAACUCGAACCAGUUUGUCUCGAACGAAAUCUCUCUCUAUGAACGCAAUCCGAACAAAACCCAUCGCCAAUUUCGCAGAACUUAUCCACCGAUCGGAUUCGGAAUCGAAAGUUCUCACCUUGUGCAAGCUCGGCAGGCUAAAAGAAGCUCUCCAUGAUGCCCUUCACUCCCAUCCCACCCCCUUACCCUCUUCCACCUACUCCUCUCUACUCCAACUCUGCAUCGAUUACAAUGCCAAAAAAGAAGGAAGAUUCCUCCAUGACCACCUGUCGGCAAUCGGGCAUGCGCCAAAUCUGCACCUGAGUACCAAGUUUGUGAUCUUCUUUGCGAAAGUUGGGGACUUGGUCACUGCUCGAAGGGUGUUUGAUGAAAUGCCCGAGAGGAGCGUUGUGUCAUGGACUGCGAUGAUUUCUGGGUAUUCUCAGAAUGGUUAUUCAGAGGAAGCUCUAAAGGUUUUUUCUUGGAUGCGUCGGUCGGGUUUUAAGGCGAAUCAGUUCACAUAUGGUAGUGCUCUGCGGGCGUGUACUGGUCUGGGUUGUGUGAGGAGUGGGGAGCAGAUUCACGGUUGCAUUGUGAAGAGCAGAUUUGCGGAGGAUUUGUUUGUGCAGAGUGCUCUCGUGGAUUUACAUUUGAAGUGUGGUUUGGUUGAGGAUGCUUGGUGCUUGUUUGGGAGGAUGGAGAAGAGAGAUGUGGUUGCUUGGAAUUCGGUGAUUGGAGGGUGUGCUGUGCAGGGGGUUGGAGAGGAUGCAUUUGGAUAUUUUUGCUUGAUGCUUAGAGAUGGUCUUCUUCCUGAUCAUUUCACUCUUGGAAGUCUUUUAAAGGCAUGUGGUUUAGUUAGAGCUCUUGUGCAUGUGAACCAGAUUCAUGCUUUCACUGUCAAAUUGGGUUAUGAGAAUCAAUCUAUCGUCACUGGAUCACUGAUUGAUGCAUAUGCAAAAUGUAGGAGCAUCCAGAAUGCUAGAUUGGUAUAUGACUCGAUGUAUGAGCAAGACUUGAUUUCCUGUACUGCACUAAUCAGUGGGUAUUCAUUGGAAAGAAGCUGUAGUGGGAAGGCAUUGGAGCUUUUUGGUGAGAUAAAUAGGAUGGGCAUGAGAAUUGAUGAUGUGAUUUUAUGUUCCAUGCUUAAUAUAUGUGCAAAUGUAGCUUCCUUGAGCUUGGGAAGACAAAUUCAUGCUUAUGUAAUUAAGAACCAGUCCAACCAUGAUAUAGCCUUGGGCAAUGCUCUCAUUGACAUGUAUGCGAAGUCAGGAGAACUUUGGAAUGCCCGUUGUGCUUUUGAUGAAAUGCAAUAUAAAAAUGUUAUUUCAUGGACUUCAUUGAUUACGGGAUAUGGAAAGCAUGGUUCUGGAGAAGGUGCAAUAGCACUCUUUGUGAAGAUGGAGGAUGAUGGAGUGAAGCCAAAUGAUGUUACAUUCCUCUCUCUUCUAUCUGCAUGUAGCCAUUCCGGCUUGACUAAUGAAGGAAUGGAGUAUUUCAAAUCUAUGGUUCGCAAGUAUGGGAUCCACCCAAGAGCUGAACAUUAUUCAUGUGCUGUCGAUCUUCUUGCACGUGGAGGUCGAUUACAAGAAGCAUAUGACUUUGUAUGCAAGAUGGAUGCUAAGCCUAAUGCAUCACUUUGGGCUGCUAUGCUUGGGGCUUGUAGAAUGCAUGGUAACACAUCUCUUGGGGAAAUUGCUGCAGGGUAUCUUCUUAAUUUAUAUCCUGAAAGAUCAGUAAACUAUGUUGUCCUAGCAAAUGCAUAUGCAUCAGCAGGGUUGUGGGAGAGUGCCUGGAAGACAAGGAAGUUGAUGGAGCAAAGAGCUACAAAGAAAAUUGCAGGCUGUAGCUAUAUUUAAUUCUUUUUUAUAAAAAAAAGAGAACAUUUUGUAGACAUUGAUUCUUGCAGGACUUAGGAAAAUAUUGAUAUAUCUAGGACAGGGCCAGUUGAACAUCCUUAUUAUUUUACACUUCCAGCAAAGGAUCAUAUAUUCUCUAUUACGCCGCUGCUUUUUUAUAGAUUUGCUCUGGUAUUCAGAUCACUUUGGUCUUCCUAUCUAUGAGAUAAACUAUUUGGCAUUAAGGCCUAUUUCAUUGUAUGCUGGUCUGUCUGGAAUUCUGGAUCGGCAUUGAAUCAUGUCAUGAGAAGAGAAGCUUUGCCAUGGUGGUCAUAUUCAGAAGGCAGAGUUGAAGCUUUAGUUGAGAGCUCCCAUUUUAGCUGAAGAGUUUGAUGAGGACUUCCAACAAUCAACUCUCUCAUCUUGUAUUAUAGGAUAAUCUUGCUCAUGGGAGAUGUAAAAAGAUCAGGUGCACCCGGUGGAUCUGAGCAGAAGAGCAUAUAUGCAGUCCAGACAAGAAUACUUAAAUUAUAUGAUACAGGUUCAUAUAUUUUAUUCAGAGAAAGAUAAAUUUGGAAGAGACUCCUCUACAAGGAUCAUUGUCCAAGGAGGAUAAAUAUUUUGUCAUCCAAAAUUUCUGACCAUAAUUGAAGACCAUUUUGAUGCAUUGAAGUCUGAGGAGUUUUCUUUCACCCAGAUUCAAUGGGAGUUGAUUCAUGAUUGAAUGAGCAUUAAGAUGAACAGAUUGCAGUGCUACAUGAAUCAAUAGAAGCAGCUUUUUGAAAAUAUGUUAUGUGCAAGUGGUGUAAAUAGUAGGGGAUGAAGCGAAUUUUGUAUCAAUGAGAAAGGGAAAAAGAAUAAUUGGAUGUUCAAGACACAGCUCAGCAGCAGGGUUUUGGUGAAGUAUUGCUCUCUAGGUGUAGAAGGCUAUUAGAUGUGGUCUAUGAAGACUUUCACGUCAUUUUCAAAUGCAGAAUUGCUAUUAAAUUAUUUAUGAGGGUUCAUUAAGUUUUUGUAAAUAAAAACUGAAUUUUCGAAGGCCAGGGCUGUAAAUAUUGAACUAGGUCAUUUCUGUAUGAUAAUUUGGAUGCUGUCGAGGAGAGGAGUCUUGAGGCCCCAAAACAUGGCGGUAUAAGUUUGUGUGACUUAUUGAGAUGCAUUAUGUAGUAAGAGCUCUGUAUUGUUACUUGCAGAAUGAUAGUGUAAUUAGGAUUUGGCUCUGUUUUUCACCAAAAAGAAUACAAUCAAUACACUCUAAUAUUAGUAAAAUUCUCUUCGUUUCCUUAA